ACCUAAAUCGGCCAAACGGCCGUCUCUCUCACCUGUUCCUCUCGUUUUUCUCUUCCACCAUCCAGAACUAGACCCAACCCAAGAAAACGACGGAGACAAAAAAAAUACAGAGAAACCCCUCUCUCAAUCUGCUUUCUUCCUCUCUCUCUCUCUCUCUCUCUCUCUCUCUCUCUAUCUAUUUCUUUUUGAUCCUCGAUUCUUCUGCCACUCAAUGUUCCUCUACUCAACCUUUUUCUAAUUCUGGGAAUAACGAGAGGUAAAGGAAAGAAAGAAAGAAGGUGACAGAACGGCAAGAACCGAGACAAUCCCUGCCGGCGACGAUGACGUUUGAAUAUCGGGUAAAAGUUCUUGCCCUGCAUGUCGGUUUUUUGGGGACUUCCAUCGAUUGUGAUUGGAUUUUAACCCUUUCUUCUCAGAUGUUUUGUUACGAGGGAAGGGAAAGGGGACGUCGGCGACUGUUGCCGCGCCGGCAACGAGAUCCAAAAGGGCAGAGGCUACUGCUCUGAUUUCGAUUUACGGGUGAACUUGGCACGGGAGAAGGACGGAGAUGACGUUGUCAGCGACCACAACCGUGGCGUUUGAUUGACCACCGCUGGUGGUAAGUGGUUCUCUAAUGUUUUUUUGUUGUUAAUGCAUGUUAUAGAUCUAGGGUUUCGAAGUUUCGUGCGAGAAGAGGAAGGAUGGAAGUCGCCGCCGACCAUCGACGAGAAGGACCGGCUUACGACAGGAUUUCAGACGAGGAUAGGAAAACAGAAAACCGCCGCCGGCAGUGUGGGAUGGUGACAGGCGACUUCACCGUCGACGAUUGCCGCAAUGCCGACGGCAGCAGAAUAGGAGUUUUCUUUGAGGAGGAGCCGAAGAAGGAGAAGAAGAAGCCAAGAGUCCCCUUUUUUCGUUCUACUGUUUGAGUUGUGAGAAGGAAGAAGAAGAGAGGUUGUCUCUAUGUUUUUCAGCAGAGUUUAGGAAGGUUGA